AUGCCUCCUCGUCGUCGCAAGCCAAAUGGAGACCCAGAACCUGAAUCCGAGCGGGAGCGAGUUUCCCCAUCCGCCGAAGACCUCGAGCCCCCGCCGCCCUUCUUCAACACUACCUUCUCUACACACCGCGCAUCGCCCCUAUACAUCGGCGCCAAUGACCUCACCUACGCCCGAUUACAAACAUUAUCACAGCGUCUGCGGGACACUCUGGUAGGAGAUGUGGUCAGAGGAGUUCAAGUUGGUCUCGAAGGCAGCGACAGUUCGCUAGGCCGUGCAGGUCCCUUGGAAAAGGUGGGUAUCCGCUGGGUUGACGUUGACGCGUUGCUUGGUGCCGAAGAUACGGAGGCAGACUUGAGUCGAGACCUUGAUGAAAGUGGUCUUGAGAGGACAGGUCAGAGCAAAAAGAGAGCCCUGGUCUUUGAGAUGAGAUACGAGAAUGCGCUAUGCACAGCCGUGCUGAUGCCGCUGUUGACCGAAAAGGCACAGCCUGCGUCAGAUGGACUGCAGUCUGCCAACGAGCUCGACAUACCGGGACUGCUCGCUGACGAGAGCUCGGCCGAGGACACACACUUCCUCCAUCUCCCACUGUUGCUCCUUAGGAUGCCUACGCCGCUGAAAUCGAUCAUUGUCGACUUUCUGUCGAGCACCUUUGACUGCCGGAUCAAUCCCAUGCGCCUGGGCACCAAGAGUCUUACCGCGGCGUGGGAGAAGUGGAUUCAAGACGCAGGACUCCCCUCAAAGGGUCCUCUUGCCAAGGAUAUGGUCUUGACUUUGGGCUUUUAUGUUCCUCCUACCGAAGCAGGGGACGGCGAGGACGAACAGGCACCAGAAAGGCUUGGGAUCAAGUCCAUCGACAUCAUUUUUCCGGCCGAUGAGCUUCGCCGGUUCACCAAAGAAGGCAGGGUUCUUGCCAACGGCCGCACCGGCAAACGAAAGGCGCCUACACAAGGCUACGAAGACGAUGCGAGGAAGAGGAAGAAGCUUGCAGGUGGCAAAUCCGAUGAGGGUUGGGCUUGGAGAGAAGACCGAGGCACGAAACAGCAGCAGCCGUUUCUCAAUGCAGUUGGUGCCUACCUGGACGAACACCUCGCCCUGGACCUCUUUCAUCCUGGAGUGAGGGUCACAAAGAUUGCGUGUGGCGGCUUCGUGCUCUCAGAGGGGCGGAUCAAGGUGUUUACACCCCCCAGCGAUGACGGCGUCUUCGCGCCCGUGAAGAACUUGGUAGCGGAUCUCAUCGCCAGUGCUGCCGGUUGA